AUGCCCCGUAUCGUGCGACGCCGUCCGCUCGCCGAGCGCAUCCAAUCCUACUUGAAUCCGUGGGACUUCCUACUUUGGGUAUCCGAAGAAAUCGAUGGACAUGAUUGGGAUCAGAUGGAAAAGGAUUGGGGGCUCACUAUUGGAAUUCUACUGAACUUAUUAUUCCUUGUCACACGCGCGAACAGCCGCUCAAGUGUUAGUAGAGCUAUUGACGAUGUGUUUGGUGAAGAUGAGGGCGUGCCCUGGCUCAGUUGGCUUGCGACUAUGAUCACUCAUAUGCUUCUUGUUUUCUCUGUCGGAAAUGCAGUCCACACAUUUUGUCGCAAGAAGCACUAUCGCAUGUUCGAAGCGCCAAUCGACAAGACUAUUGCGACUCCGUCUGCGCACCGUGUGCGAGUGGACUCGAGUCCUAUUGCCUCUUCCCUCUCCGAUACCUUGCGAGAGCUUUAUCAACUGAAACGGGAUGUAUGGGAGGUUGCAAUUUGGGAUCCGUUACCCAUGAGCAUUCGCCUCUUAUGUUUGUUUAGCCCGGGUCAUGUCCUCAUCUACUGGCUCUUCCUGCCAACACACAUUUCCGAUCCCCGACCUAGCGUCACAAUUGUCACAACGAUCUUUCUCACGAUCCUGCUCUCGGCCCAAAUGUCCUUAAUGUCGACUUCCUACACACAACAAGCAAAAGACUCUGCCUUAGUGCACAAAGAAGUGCUCAAGGAGUACGAUACGAAAUUCGUGCACCCUAGAACUCGACCUUUGAUGAGAGACGUGGGCACACAGUUCUCGGAGACAAGUCCCGGCCCCUCCGCCGCUGAUGGCCAGAACAAGGUUGAGGUCUAUACACCAACAUUCAUCAUCAACCGGGGUUUCCAAACCAGCCCGAACCCUAACUAUGUGAACCACGUUGAUCCCGAGGGAUUAUCUCCAAGACGCCCCACUGCAGCCGGUACUCCCAGCGCAACAUCCAUCUUCCAAGCCCAGCCCUCGUUGCGCACACCUGUGAUAUCCCGUGAUGGUUCCCCUCUGGUGCGCACAGCUGGUACAUCCAUGCGUCAACCGCAAUUCCGACCAGCUUCUACAAGUACAGGCGAUGGAGGGAGCCUAGGCGUGUAUACACAUGCCAACUCUCCGUUGAGGAAGUCGGCAUCAACUACAUUCGCUGAACGGCGAGUUCAGAAUAAUGGUGAUUUCGUCUACACACCACGGGCAGCAAGCCCUUCAAAACCUAGUCCGCUCAAAAGGAGCAGUCUUGCAGGCCCUAUGAGUCCAGCGCCAGGAAUGGGAGUUCAUAGGGCAGGUAGUCUUCAAAAUCGUCGGGAAACUGGUCGGUUUUAG